CUUAUACCAUACCCAGAAAGAAUAAAAAAGCGUCUUCCGAACCCACUCUUCCUCGCUCGCCCGCCCCUCACGGUCAAGUCAGUGCACACCCACACGCACCCCUGUCCCUGCUGACUCCGCACCCACAUCGGUCCAACGAUCAUCGUUCGGUCCUCGUUGCCAAGUAAAUCCUUCCACCCCCUGCAAAUUACCCAUCAAGAAUGUCCUACGGCGGCCAAAAGCGAAGCUGGGACUCCCGCGGCGAUGACUACGCCGACAGCAGCUCCAAGCGAUUCAACUCGGGCCGCGGCGGCUACGACAACAACAACAAUUCCUACGGCAGCGGCGGCUCAUACGGCGGCGGCUCCAACGGCGGCUCCAACGGCGGUUCCUAUGGCGGCUCCUAUGGCGGCCGCGGUGGCUCGUUUGGUGGCAGCGGUGAUCGCUGGUCCCAGUCCACAUACAACCCCAACCCCGUUUGGAACAUCGAAACCCUCCCGACCUUCCGCCGUGAUUUCUACAAGUCCGUCCAUGAGCUUGCUCCUCAAGAGGUCGACGAGUUCCGCCGCAAGCACGCCAUGCAACUCGAGGGUCGUAACAUCCCUGAUCCUGUCCUGAAGUUUGAACACGCCGGCUUCCCCUCGCCCAUCACCCAGCAACUGCUGAGCUCCGGCUUUGCCGCUCCCACUCCCAUCCAGUCGCAGUCCUGGCCCAUGGCCCUCUCCGGCAACAACGUCAUUGCCAUCGCCCAGACCGGCUCCGGCAAGACCCUCUCGUUCCUGCUGCCGGCCCUGGUCCACAUUGCCGACCAGCCGCCGCUGCAACCCGGUGACGGCCCGCUUGUCCUCGUUCUGGCCCCCACUCGUGAGCUCGCUGUCCAAAUCUCGGAGGUGACGGCCGUCUACGGCCGCCUUAUGGGCUUCCGCCACACCACCGUCUACGGCGGUGUCCCCAAGCGCGAGCAGGUCCGCGAUCUCAGCCGCGGCUGCCACAUUGUCAUUGCCACCCCCGGCCGUCUCAUUGAUCUGAUGCAGCUCGGCCGCACCAACCUGAAGCGCACCACCUUCCUGGUCCUGGACGAAGCCGACCGUAUGCUGGACAUGGGUUUCGGCCCCUCCCUCCGAGAAAUCAGCGGCCAGAUUCGCCCCGAUCGCCAGAUGCUGAUGUUCAGCGCCACCUGGCCCAAGGAGGUGCGCCGCCUGGCCGAGGAAUUCUUCCACGGCGACUACAUCCAGGUCAAGAUCGGCUCCAUCGACCUCACCGCCAACAAGAAGAUCAACCAGCUCGUCUACAUGACCUCCGAGGAUGAAAAGACCAACAAGCUCGGCCAGGUCCUCGACGACGUGUGGAAGGCCCUGCCCGAGCCUGAGCACCAGCGGUACAUGCCGCGCAUCAUCAUCUUCACCAACACCAAGCGCAACUGCGACGUUCUGCAUCGCAGCAUGCGCCAGGCCGGCUGGGGCGUGACCGCCAUCCACGGCGACAAGACCCAGCAGGAGCGCGACCGCGCCCUUGCCGACUUCAAGCAGGGCAGCCUUCCGAUCCUGAUCGCCACCGACGUUGCCGCCCGCGGUCUCGAUGUCGACGACGUCAUGCACGUCAUCAACUACGACUUUCCCAAGAACAUCGAGGACUUUAUCCAUCGCAUCGGCCGCACGGCUCGUGGCAACAAGUCUGAGGGCCACGCCCAUACUUUCUUUGCCCGUGGCGACAACUCCCACGCCCGCAAGCUGAUCCAGAUCAUGACCGAGGCCAACCAGGCCCACAACAUCCCUCCCGAGCUCCAGCAGCUUGGUGCCUAUGGCGGUGGUGGCCGUUCUGGCUCCUCGCGCUAUGGCGGUGGCAACCGAUAUGGUGGCGGUAACGGCGGCUAUCGUGGCGGCAACUCUCGCUAUGGCGGCGGCGGCGGCGGCUACGGUGGUGGCUACGGCGGCAACGGCGGUGGUUACGGCGGCAGCAGUGGUGGCUAUGGCGGAUCCGGCGGCUCGAGCUGGAACUAGUUCAAGAUCCCAAAGCGGGGGACCACUGAGAUCGCCUCCGAACCAGUAUUAUUUCUAUCACGACAUGCGGCUGCGAGUCUGGCCCCUUCCAUCCUGCUCUCCUUCUUCGUAGCGCCUGUUUGCAGCCCGCGAGGCUGCCCUUGCAUUUGUAUCCCUCUCUUU